AGGACCGCUUUUGCAUUGCAUCUCUUCCUGAGUUCCCUGACUUCAAUGGCACAAGAAGGCGAAGUUCCCAAAACCCCCAUCCCACAGUCCGAAGCCCCAGCUCCAUCUGAGCCUACUUCGAUGAAGCGCCCUCGCGACGACGAUGGCGGCGUCAUCUACUCGGCAACUGGAGAAGUAGCCGACGAUCACCGGUCGCCAAAGCGGCGGGCCAAGAACCAGGAUGUGUUGUUCCGGAUAGUGGUUCCUUCAAGACAGAUCGGGAAGGUUAUCGGUAAAGAAGGAUCGAGAAUCCAGAAGAUUCGAGAAGAGACCAAGGCCACUAUCAAAAUCGCCGAUGCUAUUGCUCGUCAUGAAGAGCGUGUGAUCAUAAUAAGUUCUAAAGACAGUGAAAAUGUUAUUUCUGAUGCAGAGAACGCACUCCUGCAAAUAGCCAGUUUAAUCCUGAAGGAAGACGAUAGCAAUACAGAUGCUUUAAAAGUUGGUGCUGGACAUGUGGUAGCCAAUGCAAUAAGACUUCUGAUUGCUGGGUCUCAAGCAGGUUGUUUGAUAGGGAUGUCUGGACAAAACAUUGAAAAACUGAGGAAUUCCUCUGGUGCCACAAUCACAAUUCUACCUCAAAAUCAGUUGCCUUUGUGUGCAUCUGCUCAUGACUCUGAUCGCAUGGUACAGAUAUCUGGUGAUGUGCCUGUUGUACUGAAGGCUCUGGAGGAGAUUGGUUGUCAGCUAAGGGAAAACCCACCCAGACAAGUGAUUUCCAUCAGCCCGAUAUACAAUCCUAACACAAAUCGAACGAGUCAACAAUACUUGGACCCAGCUUCAGCUGAUUAUGUAACUUUGAACAUGAUGAUUCCGGAAACAUUGGUUGGUGGGUUGAUCGGCAGAUGUGGCUCCAACAUAUCAAGGAUCAGAAAUGAGUCCGGAGCGAUGAUCAAGGUUUACGGUGGGAAAGGUGAACAAAACCAUAGGCAAAUUCAAUUUGGUGGCAGUGCCCAGCAGGUAGCUUUGGCAAAGCAGAGGGUGGAUGAAUACAUAUAUACUCAGCUGAUGCAACAAGCUGGUGCUCAGCAUUCAGUGAGUGAACGCGAUGGUGUUGAAGUUGUUAGAAAUCCAAAGAAGUCUAUCGGAGCUUGGAUACAUUACUAUUAUUCUACCACGAGCAUAUAUCGUUCAAAGAGAAAUUUCUACCACUAUAUACUCGACCUUCUCCUUAGAUUACCGUUUGGGGAGAUGAUGAAGUACUGGACAUGAAAUGAAAAUUGAAAAAACUCGGUGGAUAUGCAAAUGACAAUGUCAAAAUAUGGGUGAUACAAAAUGAGAUAAGAGAUUGUGUUGAUGGAAAUGCGAUGACAAUGGAGGGAGAGAAUGAGGAGGAUGAGAAAUUUGAAAUCAAUCCAAACAAAGAUGUUAUUAAACGAGUUGACGGUGGGAGCUUAACGGAGAUGGUUAAAACCUUUCAACAAUUAAAGACACAUCUAAUUGAUUUGUGUGAUGGUGCAAGUAGUAGUAGUUGUGAAAAAGUUUUGACUGAAUUUGAGGAGAAAUAUACUACAUUGAAAGGUCUCUUCCUUGGGUCAAGCGAAAAACCUUUGAUAAUGCACGAGGAGGGAACGAAGAACGACAUUCUCUCAUGCGAGAGAAGUUUGGAAGAUAAGGACAAUAAGAAAAGAAAUGAACAUUAUGUUCACACUUUGUCAAUUGAGAAGUUAUGCACUGAGGACUUGAAUGGAAAGAAUGAAGAUGCAUGUGCUACAUCAAUUGAAGUGCAUAUCAUUCCGAAAAAAUGUAGAUAUUUUACCACUUCCAAUCAAAAGGAGUAGAAGAGAUUAUGGAAAGGAAUCAUUACGAGCACUAUGUGGUUAUCCCGAGCAUGUCAUGAAAACACGCACAUCAAAUGAGAGGAAACCAAGUAAAUUCAAGGUCUCCCCAUUUGUACACAAUUUAAGGAAGAUGAGAAAACGUCAAGCAUCAGAGUUCGUGGAGAUUUUGAGUGUUUACGUCCUAGACAAAACUUGAUGGAUGUUCAAAUGAUUUUGUGCGGGAGUCUUCAUCAUUUUUUUGAUAGAAAAACAUUCAUCGUGAGUAAGUACAUUAGUGAGUUGGAUGAUUGUGAGAAGCUAUUUAUUCCAAUGCAUGACAAUUGCUCUGGUCAUUGGUAUUUGUGCGUCAUUGACUUUAAAAACUCUCAUAUCCAAAUUUUGGAUUCAUUGCGAUGAAGAGUCAGGACAAGUUUCGGUUUAAGAGUGUUAAAACAAUGGUUGACUUUUGUCAAACGUUCUUCAAACUAUAUGACAUAGGGAAAGAUGUCUUCCAAUUCUCCAUUGAUUGGGCUCCUUCGAUUCCGACCCAAGAUAAUGGGUGGGACUGUGGAGUGCAUGUCAUUAAACAUAUGUAGACAUUCAAAAAUGGUGAUUCGAUGACAGCCUCCGACUUAUGUAAUUCUGUUAAAAUACGUCGGGAAAUAGCAAGUGAUUUAGAUUUACAUGAGGGAAAUAGAGAAAAACAAACCAUCGUGGCUAUUGUUUGUACAAAGACGUCCACACGAGCAAUGAAAAAAUUAUUAUUGUGAUA